GCAGUAUGAUAACACUGGAGAACAACGAGACUGUCAGUAUAUGGGAGUUCAUGAACAGGUCUCUGGACGACAUUAGUAAUAGGGUUAAAGCAGAACAAAUAGUCCUCUCCCUGGUUUUUACGUGCUACACAAUUGUGGGCAUUUUUGGAAAUGCCCUGGUGCUGGUUUCUAUAAUUAAAAUACGACGGUGGAGCGGGCUGGAGAGGGCCAUGAUGUGCUUCCUCACUAACCUCUCCCUCUCUGACUUCCUCCUCUGCCUCAUCACCUUUCCUUCUACCGCUAUUUCAGCUGCUUUCAACACGUGGGUGAUGGGUAUCAACAUGUGCUGGAUAGUGGGAUUUGCUGUGUCUUAUCUCCGAAUUGUCUCCAUUCUCUUCAUGAUGUGGAUUGGAGUACACAGGGCGUUUGUUAUCAAAUACCCCUUCUCGAAAAAGAUAACGAGAAGAACAGCCCGGCUGAUAUCAAUCUGUGUCUGGACAGUGGCAACUGUUCCUCAACUUACCUGCUACUUAGGAAUAUCCCCGAUGCACUACGAUGCUGAUAGAGCAGUGUGUCUAGCCUCCAUGAUAAGUGACAACAUGCUCCCUGUUAUGGUGUACGCUCUUGUGUUUAUUGUGGUUCCUAUGGGCACCAUUAUAGGUGUAUACACAUUGCUUUUAUACAUUGCUAUCAACGCAGUACGAAGAACAAGAGGUCUAACUGCACUUAACAACAAUGAAGAGACGCCGCGCAGGGGCAUGACCAUGGCACAUCGCCGGGCUUUCGGGACAGUUUUCGUACAGAUCGGUGGAUUUUUGCUAUGUUUCCUGCCUUUUGUAAUAUUCGUUGGGUUGUCAUCUAUCAAUAAAGAUAUCGUACCGGCGAAACUUCAGGUGUUCGGGGCGUGCUGCAGUUCAAUGUCAGCUAUAAUAAACCCUAUAAUUUACAUGAACACUAACAAGACCUUUAAGAAGUUUGUAGUGAACCUGCUCAAGUGUAGGGACACUCCCAUGAACAGUUCAUCCACUGCUGUAAUCGUCUCUCAGUGUCAUUAUAGUAGAUUAUCAACCAUCAGCGCCACAAAUCGUCAAGCUCCACAGGGCGUCAGCUGCCAAAAAACUGGCUUGACAAAGUCAAAUAGUGUUGGCGAUAAACCAACACCAGUGAGUAAUAUCACUGUCAUGCAGACUUUCCGGAACCCGUCAGCGGUGACAGAUAAUAAAGUUAUCAGAAACUCCACCUGUGCUGUCGAAUACAACCAAAAUGGUCCCAAAUUCGUCUCCUCAAGUGGAUUUUUAAGAGCUGACCGAGGAUUCAGGAGAUCACAGUCAGAUGCUACAACGCCAAAAUCCUCAAGCCCGCAAACCAACCCCCAACCAGGUGUAACAACUGGACAGAUAAAGAUUCCCAACCUUCAAGGACCGGAAUGCGUAGAAUGCGAUGAUAGUAUUUCAGUGGCAGACAGUGAUGUUUCAUAUUCUGAACGAGGAUCAGAUAAUAGUACAGCUGAUAUGCCGGCUUCAAAUACGGAGAAAGUUCAGGUUAGCCUUCGGAGAUCAUCAUCAGUCGGCUCAAUUCAUUCGGGAUCAGUUAGAAGAAAGAACGGGUCACGUGUUAGUCGAUCUCUGGAUAACUUUCUUAAAAAAUGCCCAACAGAGGAGGCUAAAUCUUAUAAAUUAGCUCGUAGUCCGAAGAGAGAGUUUCAGAGGAUUGUGGAUUUUACGAGUGAUCCGAGCAAUGGAAACACGGUGUCUUCAGUAUGAGACAUUGUAGUAGUGAUGAUGGGUUAUUCUUCUGGGAG